UCAUGAAAAUACAAUGCAGCUCCAAUGUAAAAGGGGCCAAAAGUCCCUUCCAUGGCCUAAAUCCGUGCCUAUUUUUCCAAGCAACUCCUCCCCUCCACCUUGAAAAAAAAAAUGCAUCAAGGAGUAAGAAAAACAAGGCAAAGCUAAUGCGGACGCCGUAAUACAAUGAUCGCAGAAAUUCCCAAAAACAAUUCCAAGGCAUUCCAAUCCUCCGCGACUCUCAGCUCCGACUCUCCCGUCUCCUCGUCUCCUUCCCCGGAAGCCGGCCGGCUGCUGAGCAGGAGGCGGGACGCGCGCACCACCACCACCGGCGGCGGCGUCAGCGGCACCCACACGGGGGAGAGCGACAGCAUCCGACCGCUGGUGUCCACCGGCCUCAUCAUGACAUCGACCGAGUUCGCCCACGCCGGCGCCCCGCUCAUGGCCCCCCGCUCCACGCGCAGCCUCCUCUACAAGAUCCUGUGCUUCCUGCUGCUCGUCUUGCAAGGCGGCGUGCUGGACUUCUACCUGAUCGCCUUCACCGACCUGUACUGGUGCUCGUGGAUCGCCACGGACCUGGUGGUGCUCUCCGGCUGGGCCAUUUUCUUCGUCAAGAACGCCAGGGGAAAGCGGGAGCGGGCCUGCGGUUUCCACCAGAAGGGCUCCGCGUACGGCGGUUGCAACCUGGGCGAGUUCACCUACGCCUACCUGGCGUGGCUCGUUCAUGUCAUCGCGUGCACCCCCAAGGUGGCGCUCGUCCUGGAGACCUCCAUCCUGGACCUGGUCGCCGCCAAGGUGCCGUGCGGGCUCACGGGCUUCAAGAUCGUCACCUUGCUCUCCGCCCCGCUGCUUUUCUGCCUCAUCAACGCCAUCAUCGAGGACGUGAACGGGGCCACCCGGCACCGCUCCCACAGCUGUUUCACCUCCACCUGCCUGGAUCUCGUCGACAGCUUCUCCCUGGUGGAGGCGCUGCUCCGGAGCGAGAUCCCGACCCCGUACCUCAAGUACACCGUCAUCUCGGUGUACUUCGUGGCCCUGGCCGCUCCCGUCGUGUGGCUGUACGAGCUCACCGCGUCGGAGCUCCGGUGCCGCUGGCUGUGGGCUCGCUUCUUCUCCGCGGGGCUCCUGGUCAACGCGCCGCUGCUGGUGGUGCGCUGCUUCCAGGUGUACGUGGACGACGGCCCCGUAUCGGUGCUCAUGUUCAAGAACGUCUUCUUCCUGGUGUCCACGCUGCUGGAGCUCGCCGAGCAGUGCGUGGCCGUAUGCGGCGUCCGCCGGAGGCUGACCGGGGGGAACCACCACCACAACCAGGCCCACUUCUCGCACGGGGUGUCCGAGAACGACAUGUGUCCGCACGGAUACGUCAACACCCUGGCCGUCGCCCAGUCCUAGUCGCGCGGAUGUAUAGGCUUGCCUCCCAAAUAAUAAUAUUCAAAAAAAUAUAUAUACUUAAUUCAUUGGAUUCAAUAUUACAUCCGCAGCCUUCUUUUCGACAUUACAUUGCCCACCAAUUAAUUAAAAUUACACACGACGCCAUUAAAAACAUUAAAUUAUGCACUAUAAUUUUCUUUAAUAAGUUGUGAAAAUAUUUUCAAUAAUUAAGAGAUUUAAAUAUGAAAAUGCAUUUUCAAAAGUAAAUAAACCGAAUUACAUAAUUAAAAUUGAUUUUAUAUACGUUUCAAACACUUGACUCGUCUGAAUUAAUUGCAAUGGUCAAAUAACUUUUUUUGCAGACAAAAUUAUUGUAUAUUUAGAGGAUUAAAUAAAACUAAAAACAUUGGAUUACAUCAGGCAAUGUUUAAUUAAACUUAAAUAUAUUUUUUGCAGCCCAAUUAACUACAUAUUAAAAGUGCAAAUGAAAAUAUAUUUUUAAAUUAUUUAAUCAUUCAUUAUUACCAAGCGAGACCCUCUUGGGCUUUAGCUAACAGCAGUGCUUUAUCACUUUUGAGUAGACCUCCUUUAGUAGAAUAAGUCACCAGCUCAGUCACACUGAUACGUUUUUCUUGUCAAAGUUAAUGCAAAACAAAAAACACGUGAUUUCAAAUAUUUUGAAGUGUAUAAAUUGCAUUAUGUACAGUAACUACUGUACGUCCUCAAUGGCAAAUAUGUCUGUAACUUUUUAAUAUGUGAGGGUUUUCUUUAUUUCAGGGCGUCACGAACCAAACCGGGGUCUGAUUUUCCGAAAAUUUUGUACAUGUCUGGAAAGCGCCCUCGUUCCGGACCACUGGACGGGUGCCGUACAUUCAAACACGGAGGGAAAAGAACAAAACCCUUCUGUUCUAUUGGAUGUUGUGUUCUUUGUGUGAAUUUUACCACUGCAAACAAAUGCAACGUCUGUGGGAUGUAAAGUGCAAUUUCAAGACCCCCCCCCCACACACACACCUCCAACCACGCACAUUUGGUGUCUUCUAUUGAUGACAGUGUUGUCUGUAAGUCUGUGCUAGUCCUGACUUGGUGUAGACGUGUAAUAUUGUCAUGCGUACGCCCACUACGGCGAACCCUCGCAUAUUUUGCAUUUCUGGUAUCCCAAAUUCACAUUUAUUUAUUUGGCAACCUCUCUGCCAUUAUUCAGCAAUUUUGUGCUCAACCCAAACGCAUGUCAAAUAUAAAAGUAGUCCUUUGGCAUCAUUUCGUAGCAUCUCGGUGCCAAGGAAUUUAUUCAGACCAUAAGUCUGUCCAAUAAUUAAAAAAAAAAGCACUUUAAUGCCCUUUUGUGACAUCUGUAGGCAAUUCGAACGCUUUUUAAGUUUGUGUCAAUUAACUGCGGAUAUUUGCUAUUGCCGCGGAAUCACUGCACUGUGGUACUGCAUACGCAAGUUUGGCAUGGCGGAGAAAUAUGUUAAAAUAGUACAGGACAUGUAUGAGGGAAGCGGAAGAGUGGCGAGAUGUGCCGUAGGUGUGUCAGAAGAAUUUAAGGUGUAGGUGGGACUGCAUCAGGGAUCCACCCUAAGCCCCUUCCUGUUUGCUGCAGCAAUGGAUAGGCUGACAGAUAAGGUUAGACUGGAAUCCCUUUGGACGAUGAUGUUCGCAGAUGAUAUUGUGAUCUGCAGUGAAAGCAGGGAACAGGCGGAGGAACAAUCAGAAAGAUGGAGGCGUGCACUGGAAAGGAGAGGAAUGAAGAUUAACCAAAGUAAAACAGAAUAUAUGUGUGUGAAUGAGAGGGGUGGAGGGGGAACAGUGAAGCUCCAGGGAGAAGAGAUAGCGAGGGUGGAUGACUUCAAAUACUUGGGGUCAACAAUACAGAGCAAUGGAGAGUGUGGUAAGGAAGUGAAGAAACAGGUCCAAGCGGGUGGAAGAGCUGGCGGAAGGUGUCUGGUGUUCUAUGUGACAGAAGAGUUGGAGUACAGAUUAGAGACGAUGGCACUGAAGAGACAACGGAACUUGAGGUAACAGAAAUGAAGAUGUUGAGGUUCUCGCUUGGUGUGAAGAGGUUGGAUAGGGAUAGAAAUGAGCUCAUUAGAGGGACAGCCAAAGUUGGAUGUUUUGGAGACAAAGUUUGAGAGAGCAGGCUUUGAUGGUUUGGACAUGUCCAGAGGCGAGAGAGUGACUGUAUUGGUAGAAGGGUGCUGAGGAUGCAGCCCCCAGGCAAACGAGUGAGAGGAAGACCAAAGGAAAGGUUGAUGGAUGUUGUGAGGUGUUAGAGAGGAAGAUGCACAAGAUAGGCUUAGAUGGAAAAAGAUGACAUACUGUGGCGACCCCUAACGGGACAAGCUGAAAGGAAAAGAAGAAGCAGCUGCGGAAUCACUGUAGUGCCACAAAAAACUUGGUUUGAAGAGACAGACUAACGACUUCCUGUAUGUGUAAAUAUCCCGUUAAAGCAUACAAAGAAAAUAAAUCAGCAUUUGCUCAUUGGGAAAAGUCAUCAAAAUGUGUUCUAGUAAGCAAAACUUCACCACUUUUUAGCCAUUUCGCUCCAAUCAUUGGAACCCUCGAUGUUACCUUGCUUCACGUAAACAUUGUUAAAAUAGAGCAAAACGGAGUUCAUCUUGCAGUAGCUCCCUGGGAAAUGUUACACGUUGAUGCUCGGGGGAGUGCAGUAAAAGGACAGGAGCAAAUCUAGGACGGUUGUAUCGGAAUUGGACUGAAAUAUUUGGGGAGAUUUAGAUCUGAUCGGAUUGAUAUCGGGUGUGGCAAACGGGACUUUUACAGAGUCAUCUUCCAGGUUGCUGUGUUUUUAUCUGGAGUGGGCUACAAAUGCACCAAAAAUUGGUAUGAAUUGCAGGAUUUUCCCCCUUUCCGAAAAAAAAAGCCCAAUUAUCAGAUGAAAGAUUAUCUUGAGCGAUUGUGCUGUGGCGCGGGGUAUGUUAAGAAUGAGGUUUUUUUUUUUCUCUCCUCAGAAGACAGUCGGGGACGACAACUAAAACCUGUUCAAUAUUGACGACGGUAAACUGAAUCUGCACAAAAAUCAAGUCAAGAUGUUAAAAAUCGGUAUGAAUAUACCCCGUGAAAGUGCCUGGCCUCACAGUUUCUAUCAUCUCCUUUUCUCUCUACUCGAGAAAAUGUACAGAAAUGAGGAGGACGACAUUGACGUGGAAAGAUGCCUUUACGGACUUUGCCCACAUUAAGAAAACUCGUCGACACCGUUUUGGUCAUGUGAGUUAUUCAAAUUAAGGGAGAGAGAGAGAGAGGACUAGCUUAUCCUUCCGGUUAUUUGAUUUGCUUUCCUGUUUUAUGCUAAAAUAGGCUAAGCGUGCUAAAAAUGCCUCAUUAUGGAAAUGCCUUUUUUUUUUUCCUUUUUGGGCCUCUGCAUUACUUUAUUCUUUUCGACAACACAAACACUAUUUUCAAGUCUUGCUCCACUGUACUUCACCUCCUAAAUCAUAUUCCACUGUAUCGCGAUGUACAGUAUAUUCGCAGUAGUCUGCUUUUAGUGCCUCUUUCACAUUGCAUUCCGUGCAACCAAUUUUUCCUCCCUCAGCAGGCAGGUCAGCGCUUAUGCUGACUUGUGCCUUACGGUACGUGCCCUGUGUCCAGCCAUCCAUUUUCUGUAGUGCUUAUCCACAUUAGGGUUAACUGGUUGAGUUGGAGCAGACUUUUGGACUCACCGAUCAACCGCAGGGCAAACAGAAACAACAUGCAUUAUUUUGAGAUUUAAAAAAAAGAAGAAGUGGAACGAGCUUUGUUUGUGAGCUCAAAGAUGCAAGCAGUUGCUAUGGCGACACCUACUCUUAUGCCGCCUCAACAAAUUUCAUAUCACGUUUGCAAAUCUGUGACAGACAGUUGCUGCCCGGCUCAAUGAUGUCACAAACCACAGCCUUCCUGUUUGUUGCCCCAGUGUCAUCCAUAAGUAGGUCACAUGAUCAGACUCAUCAGAUGCAUUCAAAACUAUGAGAAAAUGAAAUAUGCAGCGCCGGGGAUGCUUCGAGUGUGUCUUUUGCCUUUUAUUUUGUGCGUAACGUAAAUCGCACUACAAUGGCUUCCCAUUGGUUGCUCAUCAUAUCACGCCAAAGUAUUUUAAACCGUAUAUUUUUGAGAGCUAUGAUUUCUUCAUGCUGAAAAAAAAAAAAAAAAAAAAAAAAAAGUGUCACGUCGUGAUGUAACGUAACCUGCAUGAGCUCGGACAGUUCCGUUCAAACUACCAAAGGGCACUAAAUGGAGUAUUCUUGCUCAUGCACACAAACUGGACCAUGCGCGACAUCAGAACCCAGCUGGUUUUAUAAUACGUUUUUCCUCGUUCUUU